UUGAUAGCUGCUGUUAGUGCUACAGUAUGAGCAAAGCAUGUGGCAGGAAUUAAUAAAUGGGUGAUGUGCCGGCAGUUUAACGCAACGAUACAGCAUUGAGUAUUUGAUUUGCUGAUUAAGGACAAUUUCUUUACAUUCCCAGUAGUGAUGUAGAGGCUAGCUUCAUCGAGAGAUCCAGCUGUGGGCAUGAAGGGUAGGAGGUGCUGGGAGAUGGGAUCCGUUCGCUCCUUCUGCAACUCCGGCUGCCUGAGUAAAUUUAAGAAGGGUUAGUGGCCUAUCCACUCUUCCAGAUGGAGGCCAGCAUUCGUCUAAUAGACCCUCGUUCUCCUGCUGAUGACUCUGGUGAUGAAGAACCCAUCUCUCAGUCUGAAAAGAGUGAGCUGCACAGUACUCUGAAAAGUCUUUCUAGUAAACUGGAUGAUCUGUGCACUUGCAAUGAUCUCAUUGCAAAACAUGGGGCCGCACUCCAGAGGUCGCUGAGUGAACUGGAAAAUCUGAAGCUCCCUGCAGAAGGUGGUGAAAAAAUCAAAGCAGUCAAUGAAAGAGCUACCCUCUUCAGAAUCACUUCCAAUGCUAUGAUAAAUGCAUGUCGUGAUUUCCUGGAGUUAGCUGAGACACACAGUAGAAAAUGGCAAAGAACUUUGCAGUAUGAACGAGAUCAGAGGACUCGCCUGGAGGAGACUAUUGAGCAGCUAGCAAAACAGCACAAUAGUUUGGAGCGUGCCUGCCAAGGGGCUCCUGUUCUAGUAACCAACAGCAUACGAACGUCUAACACUACCAAAGGGAGUGUACGGCCUGUCAAAAUAGAAGCAAGUGAUGAAGAUGAGGAGACUGAAUAUUUUGAUGCAAUGGAGGAUGCGCAAGCUUUUAUCACUGUAACUGCAGAUCCCAAACAGCACAGACGUUCUGGAAGUAAUCAGAGUGAAGCUAGUGGCGGUGGUCAUACAGAUGACUGGAGCUUGGAAGAUAAUGUUUUUGAAAGUUCCCAGCAAUCUUGCUGUAAUGAGUCAGCAUGCAGGGGCCUGUUUCCCAAAAAGAGGAGGAGGAGGACCCAGAUUCCAGACAAACCCAAUUAUAGCCUUAACUUGUGGAGUAUUAUGAAGAACUGUAUUGGCAAGGAACUAUCCAAGAUCCCUAUGCCUGUGAAUUUCAAUGAGCCAUUGUCUAUGCUUCAGAGACUAACGGAAGACCUGGAAUACCAUGACUUGCUAGAUAAAGCAGCCAAAUGUGAGAAUUCUCUCGAGCAAAUGUGCUAUGUUGCAGCAUUCUCUGUGUCUUCUUACUCAACCACAGUCCACCGUACAGCAAAGCCAUUUAACCCACUGCUAGGAGAGACAUACGAAUUGGACCGACUCGAAGAGCAUGGAUUUCGUUCGAUUUGUGAACAGGUGAGUCACCAUCCUCCUGCCGCUGCGCACCAUGUAAUCUCCAAGCGAGGCUGGACACUGUGGCAAGAAAUCACCAUCGCCAGCAAAUUUCGAGGGAAAUAUCUCUCUAUAAUGCCACUAGGUGCUAUUCAUUUAGAGUUCCACUCUAGCGGGAACCACUACUUGUGGAGAAAGGUCACCUCGACAGUCCACAACAUUAUAGUAGGAAAGCUAUGGAUUGAUCAGUCUGGUGAAAUUGAAAUUGCUAACAGCAAGACAAAAGACAAAUGUCAGCUGAAAUUCAUUCCCUAUAGCUAUUUCUCAAGAGAUAUACCCAGAAAGGUAACAGGUGUUGUGGCAGAUAAUAAUGGCAAAGCACACUACAUCCUGUCAGGAACCUGGGAUGAGAAAAUGGAGUGUGCAAAAAUUGUACAGAGCAGUCGAGGAACUAGCUGUUCAGAGGAAAAGCAGAAAACAGUUUACCAAACAUUAAACCCUAAGGUUCUGUGGAAGAAGUACCCACUCCCAGAGAAUGCAGAGAACAUGUAUUAUUUUUCUGAACUUGCUCUAACGUUAAAUGAGCCUGAAGAUGGAAUUGCACCUACCGAUAGUCGUCUAAGGCCUGAUCAGAGACUCAUGGAGAAUGGCAAGUGGGACGAAGCUAAUGUGGAAAAGCAAAGGCUGGAAGAGAAACAAAGGGCAGUGCGCCGCCGAAGGGAAGCAGAUGAAGCUGAAGCUUAUGAGGAGGGGAGACAGUUUGAAGACUACCAACCACAGUGGUUUGAGAAAAGGCCUGAUCCCAUUACCGGAGAGAUGAUCUACACAUUCAAGGGUGACUAUUGGGAGGUGAAGGAAAAACAGGACUGGAAAAUGUGCCUAGACAUCUUCUGAGUAGCACUGCUCAAGAAAAGAAGGAACAUCAGUGUCUCUCCAUCCACCAGUGAGAGAGAGAGAGAGAGAGAGAGAGAUAGGGAAGAGAGAGAGAGGAGUGGGCUGGCGAGCAAAACUGCACAAACACUAUACUGGAUAUGUAGGGCAGUGAUACCAACAGUGCAAAAUACAUUUUGUUAGCAAUUAUUUGAAAUACAGGGAUUGAAAAUAUUAUGCACUGAUACAAAUUAUACCUUUUUAGAGAUGGCAUUCAUUGCUUAUUAGUCUGGCACUAGUACAAAAUAUUAUAGCCUAUGUUUUCAAAACAUUUUUAUUGAGCAUUUUUUCUGUAAUAAAAAUGCAGAUUUAGAAUUUGUAGUUGCAGACAGUUCUGGUGUGACUCUGAAUAAGCUUUUUUCUUUUCCUCACAAAAAAAUCUUUUUUUCUAAGCAUUCUGGAGUGACCAGUACUUGCAAAUGGUUUAAAAUCCAAGGCCCAUAUGUAUGCCCAUAUAAAGGAGGACAUUUUAUAAAAUUGGUCUCCGGUAAAGCUCAUAGAUAAGAAUCUUAGAAGAGUCCAGGAAACAGUAGUGAUGCUGUCUUUAGUAUAUUGAUGAUACCAUAUUUUUCCUUUUAGAAAUCUUAAGUUGCAGAAGUCAAAAUUGUGCCUAACUCUCGAUUAAUGCUCUGUCUUCAUUUCUUUGUUUCAGUUUUAUCAUGCUUUCCUCAACCGUCACUGCAUUGCAGCAUCAAAAUACUGACUUUGCCUUCAGUAUCCCAGUUUUAUUUAUACUAGCUGAAUACUGCAAUGUUACUAACUACAGUACUUUUCAUUUAAUCCUACUUAACGGCUGGGUAUAAUAUUUAUGUUAAAAUAAAUGAGUCAAUGCCCCUUUUGAUCAAAUUGUGCCAGUCAUUGCUGGUUUUUGAUUCUAGUCAAGAACAAGGUGGUUAGCUAUGAAAAUGCUCGACCUUUUUGCUAGAGUAUGGCCAACAUCGUGAAGUGAGUAAUGUGAGACAGUACUGUCUAAUCUGCAUCAUUUAGCAUUUAAGCAGUAAUCCUUGACUGUGCGUGGGUGUAUCAGAAUUUACCCAUGGUUGGUACAGUUUGAUCGCAAGGGUGAAACCUGAAUGGUUAUCCAAAGCCAACCAUGGGUAAAUCCUAAUAUACCCACACACAGGAGUGGAUUAUUGCUGUUAUACAAUGACAUUGUUUUGAAAGGAAUAAUUUACCUUUCUUAAAUAAUGUCUUUUUUGUAUAAGGGUUGUUUAGUGCUCUUCCUCAUUCGUCCUUGUUUGCUGAUGUAUUUCUCAUGCAUAUGGGACUUACAUUCCCAUGGUUGCGCAGUAUAUCAAUGCAGUGCAGAAGAAGCAGUGGAAAAAAGAGAAUGUCAGUUGCUGUUUUUUUUUUUUUCGUCCAGCAUAUUCUUAAUGCAAGAAAUCUGGACAAAGACCAACAUAAUGAAGGGAAAAAGGUCCAAAAAUACAGAUUUUAAAUAUUGCUGUUACAAGCUUAGAAAGUUGCUGGAAUAAGAAGUUUUAUGAUGGCCUGCAUUUUUGCAAGGAUAUGAAGCCUGAACCUGAAAUGUCUGUUAUUAUUUAAUUACUUCAAUCCCUAAUGGCUUGACAGAAAAAUACAAUUUGUAUGAGGAACGGACCAAAACAAUGACGCAAAAAUCUGGACAGUAGAGAGGUGUGACUGCUUAGAUUUUUGGAGGAAUAGUGCAGAAAUACAAGGAAAAUCAGGUACAUUUCUGUUUCUUUAGUUUUGUAGAACAUACCUGAUUUUUCUUGAAUUUUGUUCUAUUUUCUAAGCAUAUGCUAAUAGAAAGUCUGGCCAUUCAAUGGCCGGACUUAUUUCUGUUGGCAUAUGCUUGAUUUACAAUGAGCAUAUUUAUAUUUUUUGGGCUGCCGAAUCAGUGUGCUUGUUUUUGAGUAGUAAUGAGAUGUUAUUGUAUAAUACACAAUGCACACAACCCCACAGCAACACUAUCACUGCAGUUAAGAUUUUCUUUUUGUUAAAGGUAGUGUAACCUUCAACUUUUGCAGCUUUUAACAACAUACGUGCGACCUUCUGUCUGAUAAACCAUUUAAUUUAUUGUGCUGUUUGCAUGACUGUAGUCCCAUCUGAACUAUCUGUGUGACUGCAUCAUUUUUCUUUUUGUUUUUCAUCAUUUAUUUCUGGUUCAUCAUUAUUUUAGAAAGCUUUUUCUUGCAAUAUCUGAAUGAGCCUGUCUACACCUUUCAUGAAGUACUUAGCUAUAGUAUGAUUCUUUCUCCCUGACCACAACAAGUUCUAGAUUUAUAGGCCAGCAUUAAAGAAACUAAGGAUAUUCCUGUGCUUCCAAGCCCACAUGGCAACUCUGUCUUCAACAGGGAUCGCUUUGAUGUUGUUUCUUGUCCUUCUAUGAAAUUAGACAUAUUGUAAACAUUUGAUUACAAAAGCUACUGAAUUAUUUUCUUAACAGUCAGAAUUUGAGUGGUAAAUCUAAGAAAGGAUCUCCCACUUCUAGGGAUAAGAUUACGAGUUAAAAGCAUGUGUACCCAACCCAAGGCCCUUUCCUAUAGCUACAUGCAUCAGAGAGGAUUUAGAGCUUUUUGCCUCCAGUCUUAUGGAAUGUAGGUCCUCUGAGAGGUGAGGACACAUAUUUCCUCAUCAGGGCAACUGCUUACCUCUUAGGAAUAGAUUUGUGUAUUGAUCAAUCUAUUUUAGACUCCUGAUCAUAGUUGCAUGGGUGUGUGAAAUGGAGGCAUGUUUGUGGCAGAUGGGACUAGGCAGCUUUCCCAAAGUAAUUUCUCCAUCUCUCAUUGGCUUCCCUUUGACUUUAUUUUUUUUUCUGCUCAUUUGUAUGUAUGACUAAUAACUGCCUGAUUGUAUAGCAUGGAGAGUUAAAGCCACAAGCUGCUGAAAAGCCUAAUUUCUUUUGGCCACCAUCAGUCUGACAAGCUAGCAUUUACAGCCUUCCAAUGACCCAUUCAUUCUCCCAUCCUGUGUGAUAUAGCACCACCAGGGUGGAUAAAUUAUCAACAACUACAACUUAUUCCAGGUAUUGCAGGAUAAGAAUCACUUGCCAGAAUGUAUUCCAAGUUAUUGCAAGAUAAGAAGCACUUUACUGUGGCUCAUUGCCAGGGUAGAUACAUUAUCAGUAACUACAACUUAUUGCAGACAUUGCAGGAUGAGAAUCAUUUGCAAGAACUAAUUCACAUGUUUUGCAGGAUAAGAAUCACUUCCAGAACAUAUUCCCAGUUAUUGCAGGAUAAAAACCACUUGCCAGAACUUAUUUCCAGUUAUUACAGGAUAAGAAUCACUUGCCAGAAAUUAUUCCCAGUUAUUGCAAGAUAAGAAUCACUUGCCAGAACAUAUUCCCAGUUACUGCAUGAUGAGAACCACUUGACAGUGUCCCAUUGCCUUGAUGGAUACAUUAUCAGUAACUACAACUUAUUCCGGAUAUUGCAGGAUAAGAAUCAGUUGCCACAUUUUUUCCAGGUGUUGCAAAAUGAGAAUCACUUGCCACAACUUUUUGUAGGUGUUGUAAGAUUAGAAUCAUUUGCCACAAGUAAAGUAAUAUCUUUCGGCUUUUCCCAUUUUAGGCGUCGCCACAGCGGAACUCCGGUCUUCUAAUGAUUGGCAGUGGAUUUUUUUACGGUGCUGAGUUGCCCAAUGCCCAUCUUCAAAGAAGGCACACCCAUUCACGCAUGCACCUACCUGCAUGUCUUUAUAUGUCACGUCAUUCCCACAUAUUGCAUGAUGAGAACCACUUGACAGUGUCCCAUUGCCAUGAUGGAUACAUUAUCAGAAACUACAACUCAUUCAGGAUGUUACGGGAUAAGAAUCAGUUGCCACAACUUAUCCCCAGGUGUUGCAGAAUGAGAAUCACUUGCCACAACUUUUUCUAGGUGUUGCAGGAUGAAAUUCAUUUGCCACAACUCAUUCCCACAUACUGCAUGAUGAGAACCACUUAACAGUGUCCCAUUGCCAGGGUGAAUACAUUAUCAAUAAUUGCAACUAAUUCCAGAUAUUGCAGGAUUUGAAUCAGUUCUUCCAACUUAUUCCCAAGUUUUGUAGGAUGAGAAUCACUUUCCACAACUUAUUUCCAGGUAUUGUAGGAUGAGAAUCACUUGCCAGCUGGCUGUCAUUCACAACUGUAGAUGAUUUUUUUUUCUCUAAGUCUAAUGAUUCUAACCUUCAGAAGGGUUUAGUCCGCUCAAAAUGCUGGUCUUUACCUGCUCUGCCAGUGCAUGUUUCUGUGUACACACCUGCAUUGUCUGUUGCUGUGGUAUGCUACCCUGGGGUCCCCUACUUUUGAGAGUCUCUUGUUCCGACAACUGUCAGGAGUCAUUCCAAAUGUCAUGUUCCUCCUUGCGUCCCCCCCCCUCAAAGGUGUUCACUGCUGUACGCUACCCACCUGGUUAGUUUCUACCAUCUCUGGUCACAUAACUUAAGCUAAAACCUCUGGUAUCACAAUCCUGGCUCAGUUAUUUUCCACAGUGGUAUCCAUUAGCUGCUACUGUGCUUCAUCUUAUAGUCCUAAAUCUGAUGUCCAACUCUGAGAAACUCACUUAGUAUGGCCAGCACUCCAGGGUUACUCCUUACUGAGACGUUAUCCACUUAUGUAGGAUUGAUUUACUGAUGUACAGCUUUUCGACCAUUUUAAUUGUUUAAAAUGGAUAACUCUACUUGGAAGUAACUUCUGAUUGCAAAAGAUUUUUGAUUCAGUGUAGAAUUUACUUUUAAAAAGUAAUCUGGCUGUGAAGUUUAAGUAUGGCUAUGUGAAGUUAUUAACAAAUUAACUUUAUGCUCUUCAUACUGAAUUUAAUUAGUAGGGUUAAUUUUUGUGACAAGAAGUCAGGCUAAAUGUUUAUGUACUGAUCUGUUUUGUUUUUCACUUGCCCUAUAAUAUAUUUCCAGCACACUUUUUUUAACUGCGGCCAUAACUUCAUGGAGCUAUCUCACCAGAGUUAUCUGCAGUUUCUGAAAUUUUCUUCUACAGACUGCACACUUCUUGGCAUUAUUUACAGUGCUGAUGGGAAUUUUCCUGUUCCUGAAAUGUAGUAGCAAUUUUACAUUGCAAAAUAUUUAAGGAAUUCAGGGAAUUUGUAGCAUCUGAAAGUUUAGUAAAUAUAAAAUUAAGUGCACAAAUACCUGUAGUUUUAACAGCAGUAUGUUUUAUUGUAUAAACGGAGAGUUGUACAUUUCAAUGAUUAGCUCUCAACAUCUUGGAUUUAUAAUCAUAGAGCCAAAAAUAAUUAGGGCCACAGGUCCCAAAUCAGGGACAGUUUUCACCAUCCAAGGGAGAGGCAGAAGGAGGCAGCCUGGCUGACUGCAAUAGCAGCAUGAAGAGUCUGGCAAGCUCUGCACUGCAAGAGCUGUUUCACUUGGUCUGGAUGUUGGGCAUGCACACAACUGCUCAUACACCUCCUAAAAACAGCAGUUAUAGAGCUCUUAAGGCUGUCAUGGAGUGAUGGGUUACCACAUGCUUCCCAGCAACAAUAUGACACUAUACCAGUGUCCUUGAUGUCCUCACCAGUCCUGGAUGCAGGCCAGGUAGAGACUAGGGGAGACUAAUGUGGGUCCAGUAGAUCCUGUGAACAAACCGAAGAGCUGGUGGCAGCUGAUUGCCAGCUGCAGGAAGUUUAAAAAAUGUGUGUGUGUGUGUGUGUGUGUGUGUGUGUGUGUGUGUGUGUGUGUGUGUGUGAACAAAUUUGGAUAUUGUACAAUUUCUGUUUUAAUUCCUACAGUGUUCAGUUGUGCAAACUGACCUUCUUGUGCUGUCAGUUUAGUCAUAGAAAAGAGCCUAUAUGUAGUGAAUUUAGUGGUGUCAUAGCCAAAGUUGCUUAUUUUAAAGUUUGUUCUGAUUCAAAGAAGAAGAGCUUUUGUUUUUGCUAGUCAUAAAAGGGACAGGGCCAAGGCUGGAGCUUUGUAUGUUCCAAAUUUACAUCUUGCUAAGGCAGUGAUAUGUUUGGGCAAUUCAGAGGCCCUGGUACCCUGAAACAAGACUGUUAAUACUGAUGAACUGGCACAAUGCAGUGGAAGAACUCUAUUUUCAGAUCUUGUUUUUUCUGUUUUUGCAAAGCAUAUUGUAUGCUUCUAUCUAUUUUCUGUUUCUAGAAUCUCAGUACAAAGAAGGGCUCAAAAGUGAAAUAAACCAUGCUGUUUCAAACAAAACCAGACUAAAAAAACAGCAGUAAGAUCAUAGAAAACAGUUUAAUACAAUGAUAAGCAGAGCUUCCACACAUAGUAUUUAAUCAGUACAAAUUCAGCCAUAGCAAUUACGUCAUUUAAAUAGUGAGUACUAACCAAUCAAAAUUAAAAUAUACUAAAAACAUCCAACAUGUCUAGCAGUUGAAUAGAAAAUAUUAUUACAAAUAAAUCAAAACUCAAAACGAUGUAUAAUCAUUUUUUGUAUCUUUCCCAGUUUUAAAAUAGGCUUUAAGCUAAAUGUAAUAUGUUUUAUUGACACAAAAUAAAGUAAUCAAAUGAUAUUCAUGUUUCAAGAAAUGUGUUAUGGCUGUGCAUAAAAGCUGUACUUAUCAUUCUAUUAAAUUGUUUUCCAUGACCUUGUGCUGUUUUUUGUUUAGCUUAUUUUUAGAAUCUGAGCUUCAGCGUUGUUUAAUUUCCUGGGUAAUGUGGUUUUGUAAAUGUGUAUAUACUGUGACCAGUGUGUCAAUGGGCUCAUAGUGCUGUAUACACUUCAGUGGAUUCACUUUUUCUUGGCGGGUCUUGAAAUAAAACUU